ACUUUCCUCUGUCAUUGACAGCAGCUCAGCUGGUACGGAACCGGAGGCAGCGUGCUGUUGCUCGGCUCUUCGAGGUAUCAGCCAAAAUGUUGAGAAUUACGAUCCGGGCAGACGUAGGGGCCCUUUGGGUUUUAUUCUGUAUCACCUAUUCCAAUUUCUUGACUGUUUCAUCUGAGGACAUUGUGGUGGCAUGCGGGGGAUUUGUGAAAUCCGACGUUGAGAUCAAUUACUCUCUGAUCGAGAUUAAACUGUACACCAAACAAGGUUCUUUGAAAUAUCAAACUGACUGUGCUCCAAUCAAUGGCUACUUCAUGAUCCCCCUCUAUGACAAGGGAGACUUUGUUUUGAAGAUUGAGCCUCCUCUCGGGUGGAGCUUUGAGCCGACCAGUGUCGACCUCCAUGUGGAUGGAGUGAGCGACAUCUGUACAAAAGAAGAAGACAUCAACUUUGUUUUCACUGGCUUUUCAGUCUCAGGAACGGUUCUGAGUAAAGGCCAUCUCCUGGGUCCGGCUGGAGUAGAAGUCAAACUCACCCUAGCGGGAACAGAGGAGAAACUCCAGAGUGUCGUCACACAGCCUGGAGGAAAGUAUACUUUUUUAAAAGUACUCCCUGGAAAUUAUGACAUCACAGCUGCCCAUCCCUCCUGGACUCUGGAGCAGAGCACCACCUCGGUGCUCGUCUCCAAUGCCAAUGCCCCGGCCGCCGACCAUCUGGUAGUCGGAGGCUACGAUGUCUCGGGGGAGGUCCGCAGUGAUGGAGAGCCCAUGAAAGAGGUCACCUUCCUACUGUACUCUGCCGCAGUCAAGAAAGAGGACGUUGGUGGCUGUAACACAUCCCCAGUGGAUGGGGCAGAUUCUGGGGACAGCUCCCUGGUCUACCUGUGCAGCUCUCUGUCCAGGGAAGAUGGGACCUUCGUCUUCCCCUCACUGGCCAGCGGCGACUACACCGUGGUGCCCUUCUACCGAGGAGAAAGGAUCACGUUUGAUGUCGCUCCUUCUAGGAUGAAUUUCAAGGUGGAACACAACAGUUUGAAACUGGAGCCCAUCUUCCGUGUCAUGGGCUUCUCAGUGACAGGCCGAGUUCUCAACAGCGUGGGUGGGGAGGGCGUCUCUGAUGCCACAGUGUCCCUCAACAACCAGAUCAAAGUGCUCAGCAAGGAGGAUGGUUCUUUCCGGUUGGAGAACAUGACGGCUGGUACCUACACCAUCCGUGUCAGCAAGGAGCUCAUGUUCUUUGAGCCAAUCACAGUGAAGAUCGCCCCCAACACACCCCAGCUGCCUGACAUCAUCACAGCAGGGUUCAGCGUGUGUGGCCAGAUCUCCAUCAGCCACUUGCCCGAGGGCAUGAAGCAGCAAGGCCGCUACAAAGUCUCUCUGACACCCCCGGGCCAAGACAGUGCCGCCAGCAGGACCAUCGACUCCGAUCCUCAGGGGGCCUUCUGCUUCCAGGCCAAGCCUGGAGACUACAGUGUCCAUGUGUCGCUCCCCGAGGCCGAGGUGAAAGCAGGCCUGGCUCUUCAGCCUCAGGCCCUGGAGGUCUCCCUUGUGGACCAGCCCCUCACAGACCUACUUUUCACCCAAUUCAUGGCUUCUGUCUCUGGAAAAGUCUACUGUUUAGCGUCCUGCGACGACCUGUCGGUGACCCUGCAACCAGUGAGUCGGCAGGGAGAGAGAAGGACGGUGUCGCUGCCUGGCAACAGUGACAUCCUCAGCUUCUCCUUUGACGACGUUUUACCAGGGAAAUACAAAGUGAGUAUUACUCAUGAGGAGUGGUGCUGGAAGCACAAGUCCAUAGAAGUGGAGGUUCUGGACUCCGACGUUGUGGGGGUGGAGUUCAGACAGAUUGGCUACAUCCUGCGCUGCUCCCUCUCCCAUGCCAUUACUUUGGAGUUCUUCCAAGAUGGCAGCAAACCUGAGAAUGUUGGCGUGUACAACCUCUCUAAGGGAGUCAACCGCUUCUGCCUCUCCAAGCCUGGUGUUUACAAAGUCACCCCUCGCUCCUGCCACCAGUUUGAGCAGGACUUCUACACGUACGAUACCUCGGCCCCCGCUAUCCUGACCCUCACCGCAGUGCGCCAUCACAUGACCGGGCUCAUCACCACCGACAAGAUCUUAGACGUCACAGUUACUAUCAAAUCAUCUAUUGAGAGUGAGCCGGCGCUGGUGCUGGGUCCCCUGCGGAGCCUGGAGGAGCAGAGGCAGGAGCAGCAGCUGCAAGAGAUUCAACUGCGCCGUCAGGAACGAGAGCGCCGCGCCGCCGAAGAGGACGGGGGUGCCAGGGACGAUAGCCCUCCUAUCCAAGAGAAGGCCGAUGACCUGACAGGCCCCUUCCACUAUGAGUUCUCCUACUGGGCCCGGGCUGGAGAGAAGAUCACAGUGACACCCUCAUCCAAGGAACUACUGUUCUAUCCUCCUGAGGUAGAGGCCACUAUAACUGGAGAGUCGUGUCCAGGUCGGCUGGUGGACAUCGCAGGGCGUGCAGGUCUCUUCCUGGAGGGCAAGGUGUCACCGGAGCUACAGGGUGUGGAGAUCUCCAUCACUGAAAGAGGAACUGCUGCACCGCUCAUUACCGUGGCCACCAAUGAGAUGGGAGCAUACAGUGUGGGUCCGCUCCACAGCGACCGGCAGUACGACAUCAGUGCCAGUAAAGAAGGUUUCGUCCUGAGUCCAGUGGAGGGAACCCUGGGAGAUUUCAAGGCGUUCGCUCUGGCUGGUGUCACCUUCAAGAUCAAAUCGGAGGAUGGUAUUCCCCUGUCAGGUGUCCUCCUGUCUCUGAGUGGAGGACAGUUUCGCUCCAACCUGGUGACUCAGGACACCGGCCUGCUCACCUUUAAUAACCUGAGUCCUGGUCAGUACUACUUCAAGCCCAUGAUGAAGGAGUUCCGCUUUGAGCCAGCGUCUCAGAUGAUCACAGUGGAGGAGGGUCAAAGCCUUAAUAUCGACAUAACUGGCAUUAAGACUGCGUACAGCUGCUACGGAGCGGUGCAGUCUCUGAGUGGGGAUGCAGAGAGGGAUGUGGCCGUGGAGGCGGUGGGACAGGGAGAGUGUAGCCUCUACAGCGAGGACACCGUCACCGAUGAGGAGGGUCGCUUCAGACUCAGGGGUCUGCUGCCGGGUUGCAAAUAUCUAAUUCAGCUGCGAGCUGAAGGCAACGACCACAUAGAGAGGGCCUUACCACAACACAGAGCUAUAGAGGUCGGCAGUAAUGACAUUGAAGGGGUCAACAUCAUCGCAUUCAGGCAAAUCAAUCAGUUUGACCUCAGCGGAAACGUCCACACAUCCCCUGAACAUCUGGCAACUCUAUCGGUGAAGCUUUACAAGAGUGACAAUCUGGACAACCCAAUCAACAGCGUCUCUCUGGGACAAUCCCUCUUCUUCAACUUCCCUCCUCUGGACAGAGAUGGAGAGAGCUAUGUGCUGAUGCUGUACUCAACGCUGUCCCGCUCCCAGUAUGACUUCACUCUGCCUCAGGUCACCUUCACCUCCAAUGGCUACCACAAGCACGUCACACUCACCUUCAACCCCACUCGUAAAGUGCCUGACCAGGACGUUGCCCAGGGCUCCUAUAUAGCUCUGCCCCUCACUCUGCUGCUCCUGUUAGCAGCGUACAACCACGAGAAGGUAAUCCCCCUCCUGUUGCAGAUGGUGAACCGUAUCCAGGGAGUGAGGAGCAUGGCUCAGGUCAGCGGGGACAACGCUGCUCUGGACGAAGCCAAACGUCAGGCCAAGAGACAGAAGGCCAGGCGCACAUGAGGACACAACCACGGCUCACCUCAGACCACAUCUUUGUUCACUAAAAUGUACACUUGCAUCCAUGGUUACAGCCACGGAGAGCACUGCGGGUAAGCUCGUAGAGAAGAUGCUGGUUCACUAGAUAAACCUCUUUAAUAUUAUGGAGUGGCUAAUUGUGAGUGCUAGUGAACUAUUUAGCGCGCUAAGAUGUGAUAUGUCCCCGAGUGAAGCCCAGCACGGACCACUCUGCGCGCGUUACCACCAACCUCAUCAGCCGUUCAGAUGCACUGGACUUAUAGCUGAAUUUUUUUUUUUUUUUGGGUUUAACUCCUUUUUUCCCAGAACACUCAUUGUCUAAGAAAAUUGUUAAUAUUUGUGAUAGAGUUUGAGCCAUUUUUAUACCUUUUUGUAAUUUAUCUAGGUCAACAUAAAAAUCUUUUGCUUGUGUUUUGAAAGGACUUGAAUGCUUUUGAUUUGAGUCCCAACAUAGUUUAGGACUAUCAGGCACUGUGGAAGAUCAUGAGUCUCACCUGCCAGCAUUUGGGUCAAUUCAGAGAAUACACAAAGGGGAUUUUCAUCAGAAUGUGGCUUUGAUCAGAUCUAAUCAUGACUACCAGUAUUAACUUGAGGUUAUUUAAAAUGUAUAGUUUAAAUUGAUUGCUAUGGGAUCAAACAAGGGUCGAUAAGAUUUAGAGCUUGACCAGUGAUUGUCAGAAAUUUUUUCAAAACUUGUUGUAUAUCACGCUUGUAAACCUGUGGGGAACUCUGCAUGAGUUGUUUGUGAAUGUGUAGAGAAGAUUUGUGGUAACAUUUGAGAAGAACACAUUUUUCACCAGUGAGGGUGAUAAACAAUCACAAGCUUUGUAUUUAUUUUUAAACGUUAUUUCCAAGAAUCUCCAAAAUCUUUUUGACGCUUAUUUGACCCCAUAGCUUUGAUGUUAAACAGAAUCAGCCCCAAACUGAAUUGACUUCUAUAAUGCCAUCACAAAGGUUGGAUUGUGUAACCGCUAACUAUGAUUGAAAGACAGCCAAAGAUGAGCUUAUAAAUGCAUUUUUUUUUUUUUUUUUUUACCAUUUUCAGUCAUGUCAUAUCACUUAAAUGUGAAACACCCACGAGUUACAGUAAUUCACUCCACUUUUUGAUGGUAUUUUAUAAGCUGUUAAGUGUGAUGCAAGAUUGACUUUCUGUCAGUUUCAGCUCAGGAAAGAGGUGGUUGAUAGGAUGCUGGAAAUUUGGGUUUGAAUACUGUGAGGUUUUUUUGCAGGGGGUGAACUGGGGUGGUGGUGGUGGGUGUGGGGGGGGCGGGGAGCUAUAGAGGAUAACAGUUGAUUAAUUUAUUAACAUAUGUCUAAUCAGAUGUGAAAACCUAGUUUGUAUGCUGGGGAAUGUCCUUCAGAAGUGUGUUCGUGUUUUUUGAAAGAUAUUCUGUCAGAUGAAGUGUGUGACAAGUUAUUUUAAAGAGCAACUUAAAUUUAAGAAGACUGACGGGAAAGGAAAAUGAAUGGGAAUAUCUACAAAGGGUUUGUCAUGACCGAGUAAAACUGCGAAAGAUAAGGCAGAAUUGUAAUUGUAAGCUCAUUGCCUUACCGCUGAGCUGUGUUAGGCACUGUGAAAACUAUGGACCCCAAUUAUGUUUCCGUAUUUAAUUAAUCUGCUCUCAGUUGUGGCUGACUUCCGUUGAAAGAUGAAAAUGCCACUGUCUAUUUACUGAUUUAAAAGAUAUUCCUAUUAGUCCACAUUUAGGGGGAGUUGGUUAGUUUGGUUGGGGUGGGAGACGGAGGGUUUAAUGUCAUUUAGUCAGAAUCUGUUGAUUUUGUUUUGAGAAAAAGAAUAAAGUUCGGAAGGAAAU